CGUGUGUGGAUAGGGAUUUAUUUUGAUAAUGAUAACUAAUUUUCCACUUACAGUUUUUAAUUUUAACUCUUCUUCUUUUGUCCAUAUCAACCUCUCACCUCUCCAAGAAGACUCAUGAAAUUCGACAACAGUGUCAAGAGUCCCCUCAGGACCCCUUCAGGAUCACAAUAUCGGAUUUGCAAUGUGGCUCUGAGUCUUUAGGAAUCGCUGUUUAUUUUCACUAUGGGGACAUUCCUUCGUUUACUCCUUGGUUUAUGCACACUGCAUCUGUUUGUCAGUUCUGACACAAUUGUUGACGCAUCCAGGACGCCAUGGACAACAGCUAAAAACAGGAGGGCCAGAGCUGUGAACAAACCGACACCUAUUGACUGUAGACUGGGGAGCUGGUCAUCUUGGACACCAUGUGACUCCUGCACAGACAGAAAGUUCAGUUUCCGAUACUUAGAGAAACCUUCACAGUUUGGUGGGACUGAGUGUACUGAUAUACUCUGGAGGAGGGAGAUGUGUCCCACGUCAACCACGCCGUGUCUGGUCCCAGAUUACUGCGAAGAGAGCUUCACCUGCAAAGAAACAGGGCGUUGCAUCAGCCGUUCGCUUCAAUGUAAUGGAGAGUCAGACUGUGAUGAUUUGUCUGAUGAGGAUGGAUGUGAAAAUGUUAACCAGAGAAACGACAAGUGUUCCACCCUCAUACCGAUCCCUGGUGCGGAGCGUGGCACGCAAGGGUCCAGGGUGUACCCUGCCUCUCCCUCUAUGGUAGCUGGGAUAAAUGUGAAUCACAACCCUGAUAAUACUCCAGCGGUCACACCCAUUGGUGAUCAGUUGUGUGAAUAUGUCUAUAAUGGCGAAUGGAGAAAAUUCACGUAUGAUGCAUUCUGCGAGAACCUGCACUACAAUGAAGAUGAAAAAAACUACAGAAAACCAUACAACUACCAUACUUACCAUUUUAUGGCCCAAGCAUCAUCAAAGGGCUCUUCUGAAUAUUUUGAUGACAUGGUGAGCCUGCUGAAAGCAAGGAAAACAGUGUCAUCGUCCAACGGUGGCUUCACAGUUGGAAUCUACCAUGUGGAAGUGGGACUGGGUGGCAGCAAUGAAAAAUCAUUUCUCAAAAACAUAACACAGUUUAAAAGCCAGGAUUUAGGUUUCAUUUGGCUUAAUUCAGAAGUGCAAACCGCUCGCUUCAAGAUGAGAACUAAUAAGCUGAUGCUUCAUGAAGAUUUCUAUGUUUCACUCAUGGAGCUCCCAGAGGAAUACGACUUUGGGAUGUACUCUCGCUUCUUCAACACAUUUGGCACCCACUAUAUCACAGAGGGAACUAUGGGUGGAACCCUGGAACAUGUCGUGAUUGUCAACAAAACAACAAUGAGAAACUUAAAUAUUAACGCUGAUCAAGCUGGUUCAUGCUUUGGUGCCUCGUUUGGUUUGAGUAUUCCAGUUGGCAGCAGUGCAGCAAUAGAGCCCAAACUGUCAGGGCAAUUAUGCGACAAAGGCGGACAUUUCAGUGAAGAUAGAAGAGGAAGUUCAGCUAUUAUUCAGGACGUUGUUACAAAAGUAAGCGGAGGAAUCACAGACAGGAGCGCUGGUCUGAGGGCUAUCAGGAACCCUGACAUGUACCGGAAGUGGGGGUUAUCUCUUAAAUAUAACCCAACACUCAUUGAUUAUGAGAUCAUGCCGAUUCAUGAGCUUGUACGUAUCAGCACAGCUGCUGACCACGUAGGUGACAGACUGGCCAACUUGCAGCGAGCUAUUGAUGAGUAUCUGCAGCAGUUUGACCCGUGCCGCUGUGCCCCCUGCAGCAACAAUGGGAUUCCUGUCCUCUCAGGCACGUCUUGUAAUUGCAUCUGUAGCUCAGGCUACCAGGGUUUAUCAACAGAAACCAAGGCAGAUGGAUCGUGGUCCUGCUGGGGGGCCUGGUCGCCCUGUACAUCGAGGAGGAAGACCAGGACACGAGUGUGUAAUAAUCCUCCACCUCAGAAUGGCGGAGCCACCUGCUUGGGCUCUGCUUCUCAGACUUGGCCCUGUUAAACACUGUUUCUUUCAGAUUGCUGAGUGAAGAUGUGUUAACUACUUUGUGAGCAUUUUUUGUAUUCCUUUGUAAACAUUAAAGUGCUCACAAAUAAAAGAGAAAAUCAGAAUUUCUGUAUUUCCGAAUAAAUGUAUGUUUAUGCAGA